AUGAAGAGUAUGGCAUGGUUAAUCAUUGACAAGAGACACGCAAUUGUAUCCAUGUUGCGAGGUAGAGAUGAUACCCGUCUCAUAAAAGGGGAGCUCGUUAGUCCAAGGGCAUGGCGUUCAGGCGUAUAUAACUUUGGUUUCUCAAGCGAUUAUGGUCGCCGGAAUGCUCGAUUCGUUUUGGCUAUCAUAAAGUACAGCGUGGCUCCCGAUCUCCUUAACACACGCCCACUGCCAAUCCAAUGCCGCAUCGUGCCCCUACUGGGUACACGUAUACUUGUAGAAAAAAAAUACCCAAGAGAAUAGUGUUAAAUAAGCUG